AUGAAGAUUGAUGGCCGUCGAGUUGUUGUUGAUUACGAACGUGGUCGUACCCAAAAAUCUUGGUUGCCAAGAAGACUUGGAGGAGGGAAAGGUGAUACUCGUAAAACUCGUGAAUCGAAAGCAGUGUUAGAAGCAGCUGCUUUGGAACAACUUUCUGAAGAUAGAGAUCAUGCUUCGAGGUCAACUCAUUCUCAUUCAAGGGACCGUGAUCGAAGUGAUCGCAAUGGGUCAAGCUCUAACCGUCGUCGAAGUCGUAGCCGAGAAAGAGAACGAGAGUCGAGAAGGUAUUAUGUUAAGGAUUCUAGAGAAUAUUUCUCUUUAUUUCAGUCUUCUACUUAG